CAACAGCCGUUAAACCUCAUCGAAGAAGAAGUGGUGUAACGUUAUGAACGACGAGGACUGACGGAGAAAGUAAAAACAAAGCGAAACUUACAUUUUUUGGUAAAGCAUGUCUGUAAAACAUGCCAUCAGCCGUGGGGUAGAGUUGGGACGGUCUGUUAUCCAGCUAGGUCUCCUCAAACCUGCUGGUCGACUUGCAGCAAAGUUCCGAGGUGAGCGUCUUCGUGUAGGCCAACCGGCCCGCACCGUUCAGCCUCAGACUUUCCUGCCAGUUCGGUACCGAUAUUUCCGCAUGUCGUUGAGGGGUCUUGCUGCACAGCUGCAGUCCGGUGGUUUCAGGAGGUUUGGGGGCAGCGGCUCGCCAAGAAACAGAGCAGUGUUUUUGGCUUUCGGUCUCGGUGUGGGGUUGAUCGAACAACAGCUCGAUGAUGAUCGAAGGAGUGCUGCGACAUGCCAGGAAAUCCAGGCUGUGUUUACCAAAAAGAACUGCAGUCCUCUCAAGUCCUUCACCUCGGGCUACAAGCUGGAGGACUACGUUAUUGGGAAGCAGAUAGGAAAAGGCUCCAACGCUGCAGUGUAUGAAGCUGCGGCACCAUUCGCUGUGCCCAGGGACAGGGAGAGUGACCGGUGUUCCCUAAAUGACCAGCCCAGUGACGAUGGAGAGGUGGCCAAUGGGUCUCUGAGGAGCCCCUCCAGCUCCCUGUGCAUCUAUCCUCUAGCUGUCAAGAUGAUGUGGAACUUUGGGGCUGGUUCAUCAAGUGAGGCUAUUCUGAGAUCCAUGUCCCAGGAGCUGGUCCCUGCAGGCCCUCUCGCCAUGAAACAGGAAAAAGAGGAACAGAUUGCACUAAAUGGGUAUUUUGGGGAAGUGCCCAAGAGGGUUUCUGCCCACCCCAAUGUGAUCAGGGUGUUCCGGGCGUUCACAGCGGACGUACCCCUUCUACCCGGUGCCCAGGAGGAGUACCCUGAUGUCCUUCCAGCCAGACUCAACCCUGAGGGCCUGGGCAACAACCGUACCCUGUUCCUGGUCAUGAAGAAUUACCCAUGCACCCUGCGUCAGUACCUGGAGGUGAACGUGCCCAGCAGGAGAGAGGGCUCUCUGAUGGUGCUGCAGCUGCUAGAGGGAGUCGACCAUCUGUACAGACAGGGCAUCGCUCACAGGGACCUUAAGUCAGACAACGUGCUCCUGGAGUUUGACUCAGAGGGCUGCCCCCGCCUGGUAAUCACAGACUUCGGCUGUUGUUUGGCUCAGAGUGACUCUAGUCUCCAACUACCCUUCAACACUAUGUGGGUGAACAGAGGAGGCAACUCCUGCCUGAUGGCACCUGAGGUUGUCACUGCAGUUCCUGGGCAGGGUGUGGUUAUUAAUUAUAGCAAGGCAGAUGCAUGGGCUGUCGGGGCCAUUUCUUAUGAGAUAUUUGGCCAGGCCAACCCGUUCUAUGGAGCAGGUGGACUGGACAGCAGGAAUUUCCAGGAGAUCCAGCUCCCUGCCCUGCCUGCCUGUGUAUCUGCUGACAUGCAACUAGUCGUCAAGCUGCUUCUGCGUAGGAACCCCAAUAAGCGCCCCAGUGCCAGAGUGGCUGCCAACAUGCUGCAUCUGAGCCUCUGGGGAAGGCGUGCCCUUGCCAAUCAGGACAGCGCUGGCAUGAAGAAGCUAGCUGAUUGGCUGCUGUGGCGGUCUGCAGUGGUGCUCCUGAGGGGCUGCGCCCCGAGUGGGAGCUCGGUGGAGGUGGAGCUACAGAGGUGCUUCCUGUCUAACCUGGACCUGGAAGACCUCCGAUUGGCUGUCAGCUUCCUCAUGUACGGACGAGAACAGGGUAGAGCCAGCAUCAUGUCGCGUUAGGUCCUCUCAGUCUAACCCACAGACAUAUAUGUCUAACUCUGGUCUAACCCGUUGAGUUUGAAUGUAGGUGAACGUAGUGCCAGAGGUGGAAAAUGGAAUAAAAAAAAAAUUAAAAAAAAAUGGAAUAAAAAAAAUCUAAAUAGUUUCUCUCCCCAUUUCCACCCCUGUCUAUCGAGCUUUCAGGAAACAAAUAUAAGCACUUUUUAAUUCAUGCUAAGACUAGACUCCAUAUGUUGGGGGGUUGAAUUUUAUUUUGGGAUUUUUGCACUUUAUGUCCAGUUUGGACCUGGUCAAUGACAUGCUUGAGGUUUACCCCUUUGUUUGGUUUGUGUAUUUUCCAAAUCAACACAUUUUAUUUGAGUUACACCACUACGGUCUCAUAUAGACUAUUCCAUAGCCUCUGUGAACAUGUUUUGACUAAGACCAUGAGGUAGUCAAUGUAUUUACUGUAUGUCAAGGAUGAUAUUAUAAAGCAUCUAAAUAUCUCCAGAUGGUUAUGUAGCAGAAUAUCAGUUCAGAUUUAAUAGCAAUACCAGAUCACUGUAUUUCACAUUUUGAGUUAAAAGUCCUUUAUUUAAAUAAAAUGAAAGUCCAUGCAUGCAAAAAUUGAGUCAUGGGACAUUUUAGAAUAUAGUCCUAUAAAAAUUACAGAAUGAGUUUUGUCUCUGACAACAAACACUUUGUAAAGCUACAUUUUGAAUUGUGAGGAUGUUUUUAAUAAGCACUGGAUGUAGUGUAAAAUACAUAUCCAAAGAUUAUAAUAAAGUGUUAGUGUUUGAA